CUCAAACAAACAAACUAGUAACGGAUUAACAACCGGUACCUCGAAGACUGUCAUGCAAAGAAAAGACUUUUCUAAAGUGCUUGUGGGGCUUUUCGCGUCUGUACACUAAUCGACAAAAUGCAAACAUAAUUGACGCUGGAGGAACAGGUUUGAUCGUAAGAUGAAUUUCUCAGAGGUGUUCAAGCAAUCCAACCAACUUUGUAAAGUUUCCCCAGAUGGUAAAUAUUUGGCUACCUGUGUGCAGUACAGGCUAGUGGUGAGAGAUGUGAGCACCCUGCAGAUCCUGCAGCUCUACACCUGCCUGGACCAGAUAUCCCACAUGGACUGGUCUUCUGACUCUCUCUUUAUUCUCUGUGCUAUGUACAAGAGAGGACUGGUACAGGUGUGGUCUCUCGAACAGCCGGACUGGCACUGUAAGAUUGAUGAGGGCUCAAUAGGACUAGUCUCCUCGCGCUGGAGUCCAGACGGACGUCACAUUCUCAACACCACUGAGUUCCAUCUGAGAAUCACCGUCUGGUCCCUGUGCACCAAAGCUGUGUCUUACAUCAAGCAUCCCAAAGCAUGUCAGAAGGGUAUAGAUUUCAGCAGAGAUGGCUGCUAUAUGGCCUUGGCUGAACGCCGUGACUGCAAAGACUAUGUUAGUGUUUUUGUAUGUGACGACUGGCAUUUACUCAGGCAUUUUGAGACUGAGACACAGGACCUGGCAGGUUUGGAGUGGUCUCCCAAUGGCUGUGUUCUGGCAGUGUGGGACAGCUGUCUGGAGUACAAGGUGUUGCUGUAUUCUCUGGAUGGCCGAUUGCUGUCAACUUACAGUGCGUAUGAGUGGUCGCUGGGUGUCAAGUCUGUGACCUGGAGCCCCAGCAGUCAGUUCCUGGCCAUGGGCAGCUAUGAUGAAAAAGUGCGCAUCCUCAAUCACAUCACGUGGAAGAAAAUCGCACAGUUUGACCACCCUGCAACCAUCAACAGUACGAAAGCUGUUGUGUAUAAGGAAGUAGAGAGAAGGCCAACUGUUGGAAGUGAUGACUUGUCGCUACACAACAUCACCGUUGGCAGCACCCUCUUCAACACUCAGAGCAAAUAUGAGAUCUGCUCACUGCCAGUCCAAAUUCCAGUGGUCAAACCGGAUCCAGACCGAGCCAACCCCAAGAUUGGUGUCUCCAUCAUGGCAUUCAGCUCAGACAGUCGCUAUCUAGCUACCAGAAACGACAACAUGGCCAGUGUUGUCUGGGUGUGGGACAUGCAGAAAAUGAGCCUGGAGGCUGUGCUGGAGCAGACAUCAGCUGUGCGCUGCUUUCAGUGGGACCCCCGACGCCCCCGGCUGGCUCUGUGUACAGCCAACACCAAACUCUAUCUCUGGUCCCCAGCAGGCUGCGUCUCUGUCCAAGUCCCUUCUGAAGGUGGUUUCCAGGUCCAGUCACUAAGCUGGCACUGCAGUGGAGACUCUCUGAUCCUGCUCGGAAAGGAGCAGCUGUGUUUGUGCUACAUGGACAGUGACCAGGAGAAUAAGUAAAACGCACAAAAACACAGGUAUCGGGAUCACAUGGCAUUCAUAUGUAGCCACAAGCACACAGGAAUGUGUUAAGGUGAUGACCAAAAGACUGUUGGGAACACUCCUUCUCUAAAUCAUUCCUUUCCCAUGUUGAACUGUAGCUGCUCACCAAGCUUUAAGCCCUCAGUGCAGGUUACUGAGAGGUUCCUUUUCUGGUCGCAUUGAAAGUGUGUCGGAUAAAUAUCACUUUUUAAUUAAAUAAAUUUGUACUGAAGCACUAGUUCCAACCACUGUGAGAAGAUAGAUGUUUACAAAGUUUUAUAGAUUUCAGUGUACUUUUAGUUUGACCUAUUUUAUAUGUGUAUUAUCAUGAAGGUGUGUUACUAUUUUGAAUAAAUUUUGUCAUAAAUAAUG